AAAUAAUUCAUCAUAAUGUUUGAGUGGGGGUCAAGGAUCCUCGGAUUUUCAUCUGAUGACCUUUGUACUACUCGACAACCGGGCAAAGGACUCUGGCUUUGCCGAAUUGAUUCAGAUGAACAAAUAAACAUGGCAGCUUCAGUAGACGCUCAAGAUUUGAAAACCUUAUUAGAAGCAAAGGAUACUUUGAUUCGGAACCUAGAAACGUUACUGCAGGCCAGGAACAAUGAAAUUCAAGAGCUCCGGUCCCAUUUAGACAUGUUUCAGAGUGUGUUUCCGUUUAGCAAUCCAGUGUCACCAACUAGUACGCUACAUCAUCCUCACCACGUGGUGGCUGCUCCUGUACAUCAACAACAGUCUAGAGAAUUGAUCAAAGGAGCUAUUUUGGAUAAUGAUUUCAUGAAAAAUUUAGAAUCAACACAGAUUAGAGAGAUAGUGGACUGUAUGUAUCCCGUCGAGUAUGCCUCCGACAGCAUUAUUAUCAAGGAAGGAGAUGUGGGCAGCAUUGUUUAUGUUAUGGAAGAGGGACGAGUGGAGGUGAGCAGAGAAAACAAAUAUCUUAGUACUAUGACUUCUGGAAAAGUAUUCGGAGAGUUGGCUAUUUUAUACAACUGCAAACGUACUGCCACUAUUAAAGCUGCUACGGACUGUAAGCUAUGGGCGAUCGAACGACAAUGCUUCCAGACAAUUAUGAUGAGGACUGGACUCAUAAGACAAACAGAAUAUACCGAUUUCCUCAAGAGUGUUCCAAUAUUCAAAGACUUGCCCGAAGAAACGCUUAUAAAGAUUUCGGAUGUUUUGGAAGAGACAUUCUACAAUGCCGGAGAUUACAUAAUCAGACAAGGUGCCCGGGGAGAUACGUUCUUCAUAAUCAACAAAGGAAAGGUUAAAGUCACCAUAAAACAAUCGAACAAUGCCGAAGACAAAUACAUCAGGACCCUACAGAAGGGUGACUUUUUCGGCGAAAAAGCAUUACAAGGCGAUGACUUGCGUACUGCGAACAUAAUCGCGUGCGACCCCGAUGGCGUGUCGUGUUUGGUCAUAGACCGAGAGACGUUCAACCAACUGAUUGCCGGACUGGACGAAAUACGCACCAGAUACAAAGACGAUGAUGUCUCGGAACGAAUGAGCUCUACAAACAAGGAGUUCCAAAAUCUAAAACUUUCCGACCUACAAGUCUUAGCCACUUUGGGCGUGGGCGGCUUUGGUCGUGUAGAACUCGUCCAGGUAAACAACGAUACAUCCAGAUCGUUUGCCCUCAAACAAAUGAAAAAGAGUCAAAUUGUCGAGACAAGACAACAACAGCAUAUUAUGUCAGAAAAAGAAAUCAUGGGAGAAGCCAACUGUGAAUUCAUUGUCAAAUUAUUCAAGACGUUCAAAGACCAAAAAUAUUUGUAUAUGCUCAUGGAGUCUUGUCUUGGUGGAGAAUUAUGGACUAUACUGAGAGACAAAGGACAUUUUGAUGAUUCUACCACACGUUUCUAUACUGGAUGUGUCGUUGAAGCAUUUGACUACUUACAUUCUCGCAACAUAAUCUAUAGAGAUCUGAAACCUGAAAAUCUACUUUUGGAUAUCACUGGUUAUGUAAAAUUGGUUGAUUUUGGAUUUGCUAAAAAAUUACAUAAUGGAAGAAAAACCUGGACAUUCUGUGGAACACCAGAAUAUGUUGCUCCCGAAGUAAUUCUAAACAGAGGUCAUGAUAUAAGUGCUGAUUACUGGUCCUUAGGAGUCCUUAUGUUUGAACUACUUACUGGUACACCACCAUUCACUGGAGCAGAUCCAAUGAAAACUUAUAAUAUAAUUCUAAAAGGCAUAGAUGCAAUAGAAUUCCCAAGGAAUAUAACAAGAAAUGCUAGAGUUUUAAUCAAGAAAUUAUGCAGAGAUAAUCCAGCUGAACGACUAACUGAAGUACAAAAACAUAAGUGGUUUGAUGGUUUCAAUUGGGAAGGACUACGUAAUCGAACCCUCACUCCUCCUAUCUUGCCAAAGGUACGCAGUGCUAUAGACACAAGUAAUUUUGACAAUUAUCCACCUGACGCAGACAGCCCACCACCAGAUGAUAAUUCAGGAUGGGAUGUAAAUUUUUAAUUUUGUAAAAACAAUUAUUAUUGCUUGUCCGCAUCAUUGAUUUUACUCUGUGGUUUUAAAUUACCCAUGUUUUACAUUCUAGUUAUGUCUUACAAAUUAAUUUAGUCUUGUUAAUUAUUCAGUGUAUUACCAUAUGGAAACAAUAAGUGUUAAUUGUUUGAUAUAUAUUUCAACUUUUGUUAACCAUACCAUUUAAAUUUUAUUUUUAUAUAAAUAAAAUAUUUGUUAUACCCCCCCCCCCUCUAGUAGGUAUCAAAUAAUAUCUACGUUUACGAAUUUAAUAUACCAUAAGUGCCUUUCAAUUUUGUGAACACAUAUUAUUAUGGCGAAAUAUACAACUGUCAUUUAUUAAUUUAUUAUAGUUAAGAUUACGCGAGUUUUAUUUUUUUUCCAAUUAAGUAAAAGUUAAUGUUGGUUAUUACUUUUCUUCUUGUAUAGUUUUAAUAUUGAUUUAUGUGUUUUAGACGUUUUAGUAUUUAUAAAUAAUUUUUUCUAUGGAAAAGUUGU